UCUCCAUCACAACUUCCCAUGGAUCCUUCAAAGAUAAGAGAGAAAAUUAGUCGCUUUCGAAUCCUCAUUAUAGGAAGAGUGAAUGCAGGAAAAACUACUGUCUUGCAGAGAGUUUGCAACACACGGGACAACCCAGAAAUAUACAACAGCGCCGGGAAAAAGGUG